CUGUCUGGUCACCUGUAGGUAAUAAAUCUCUGAUAAAAUGUUGACAUGAAAAACAGAGUCACGAUGGAUCUACACAUUGGCGUGUUGGUUAUUGUCCUCGCGGGAUUGCAGAUUGUAAAUUCAGGCCUGAUCAGACGCCACGUAACAAGCAGUGAUCUGACCUUGACAUUGGAGUUGGAGGACCCCCUGCGACCUUUAACGGAAGCGGAUUAUUAUCAGUCGACAGAUGGCACUGCUUUUCGACGUAGGAGGGCAGCUGGCGGGCGGCCGGGUCAUUCCACUUCCACCAACACGUGCAACGACAUCCGGGGAGUUCCUGCGCAGCUGAGAAGCGCAAGCAACAUCGGGCCGAGUGGAUUGUCGUAUUUCUACCAGAAGUAUACAGAGGCGUAUGGGAUACCUGUUCUAGCUUCACGUAACGUCCCCGACGACGCUGUCCGCCGCGCCUGUUACGUCCUUCGCUUCCUCCUCGCCGACCACAGCGGUGUGCGACAGUCCUACUACCGACUGUCGGGGAGGGUGGCAGUGAUCGGGGCUCGGGAAGGGACAGUGUCUAUUCCGGAACACGCUUGGCUGGGGCCCGCCUGGAACGACCGAGCACGUGGACUUGGGGCAACGGAAUACGCCCCAGUAUCGACAGGGGGCGAGGAGAACAUCCUGUGUUACACUAAUGACAGGUAUCGGGUCGAGGACAUCUUCCUGCACGAAUUCGCCCAUGGCAUCCAUCUGCUGGGCGCCAAGUACGCCAUCCCAGGCUGGCAGAGUCGCCUACAGUCGCUCUACUACCAGGCCAGAGCUGCCGGUAGGUGGCGCAACACAUACGCCAUGAGUACUAUGGAGGAAUACUUUGCGGAAGGGACACAAAGCUACUUCAACGUCAACGCUUACUCCGCCGUCCCUAACGGCAUCCACAACCACGUCAACACCCGCGAGAAACUUCGGCCUUACGAUCCCCAGCUCUUCUCUCUCAUACAGGAGGUAUUCCCGUGCGGCAACACGUACCUGAAGAGAUGCAAUACGACCAGAAGUGCUGAGAGAAGCCAGCACCUCAGGAUGAACUGUAACCUCGGGGGCGGGGGUGGCACAGACAGUGGGGGAGGCGGUAAUGGAACCGGAACCGGAUCUGGAAGCGGAACUGGAAGCGGAACCGGAAGCGGAACUGGAACCGGAACUGGAACUGGAACUGGUUCAGGCACGUGUCAGGACAAUAACUCCUACUGCAAGUCGUGGGCGUCUCAAGGAGAGUGUGACUCCAACCCUGGCUACAUGCACGUCUCCUGUAGACGAAGUUGCAACAAAUGUGGGGGAGGGGGAGCGGGAGCGGGGGCUGGAAGUGGUACUGGUUCAGGUUCAGGCACGUGUCAGGACAAUAACUCCUACUGCAAGUCGUGGGCGGCUCAAGGAGAGUGUGACUCCAACUCUGCCUACAUGCACGUCUCCUGUAGACGAAGUUGCAACAAAUGUGGAGGUGUGUCUUGCGUGGAUUCCAACCCCAACUGUAGCAGCUGGUCAAGUACAGGGGAGUGUGGACGGAACCCCGGCUACAUGUUGACCUCGUGUAGACGCAGCUGCGGCCAGUGCUGAUCGUGUCCACGAAUAAACCUAACAACAUGCA